AUGGCUACCCCCAGUGUCCUUACCUUUGAUACUGAGGGUCGUGCUGUUGACUUUGAGGUCUGGGUCGAUGACCUCCAGCUGUUCUUACAGUGCGAUAGGGCGGACGGACUCUCACUGUUCGAUCUCACCUCUGGUGUCUCUCCUGCCCCGCCUGCUACUGCUGACAGCACUGUUUGCUCACAGUGGGCCACGCGCGAUGCUGCUGCACGCCUUGGUGUGCGUGGCCACUUACCGACCACUGAGCGUGCGCACUUUAGCCUGCACAAGAGUGCUAAGACCUUGGACCACUUCCUCUCGGUUUGCCCUACCACACUCACCGUUGGCCUCCUCGAGGAGCACCUCCUAGCAGUAGAGAAGAGCAUAGUUGCUGUAGGAGCCUCCCGUGGUGACCCUCGCACCCCCGUCUUUGAGGGGUGUUAUCCCUCCCCCCUCUUGCCCUCUGUUGGUUCUGCUGCUGCGGCCGACCUCGUUGGUUUCGAGUCAGUCGGCGCUGCGUCUGCCACUUCGGGGAAGCGCCGCAUAGGCAAGGGCAAGGGUGGCAAGGGCGCUGGAGGGGCCAGUGGGGGCGGUGGAGGUGGUGGUGGAGGCAGUGGAGGGGGUGGGGGUGGUGGUGGGAGUGGUGGCGGGGCCGGAGGUGUCGGUGGAAGCAGUGGAGGCGGAGGAGGCGGUGGCGGUGGCGGAGGGAGCGGAGGCGGCGGUGGUGGAGGAGGCGGCGGAGGCGGCGGAGGCGGCAAAGGUGGCGGUGGAGCUGGUCGCGGCUCUGCGCAGAGGAGUGGCUCCGGUGGUGGUUCGCGCCAGCAGCAGCAGCGCGGCCGUGAGACCCCGUCACCUCAGCAGCUUCGUGAGUGGUACGCUGGGCAUCAGCGGGGUGGGGGUACUGGUCCCUGCACCUACGUUCUCCGUACAGACGACCGCGCUGGUGAGCAGUGCGGUGGCUCGCACUCCACCCAGCGCUGCUUCGGCCGCCUGACGGAUGCUCGGCGUCAUCAAUUCCCUGACGCCACUCAGAUCCCUCGCUGGGGAGAGCUGUCUAGGGCAGGGGUAGCUAUCUUUGAUCUUGACUUUGAUGCUAUUCUUGCUGCCAUGUAUGUUGUGUCUACUAGUGAUGAGGGUGACUGUUACCUGUAUGUUCCGCCUGACCCGGGCAUUGAGGCUGCUGCUCUAGGUGCUGGUGAGGCUGCUAUUCCAGGUGCUAGUGCGUCUGCUGCCUUAGGUGUUGGUGAGUGGAGCUGA